UAGGAAAUGGGGGAGAGACGGAUCAGACGUGAAUAAUCCACAGAUCAUGGACCUAUGAAACCUGAAUAGGUUAUGAUGAGAAUCACCCCGAGCCGACCCCCCGCUGCUCAUCUGGACCAGGAAGGAUGGCCCCCCGGCUCAUAGAAAAGGGGCAACAGAGUCAUAAGAUGGUGAUCUUCGGAGCCAUCUUUCUCCUCACCACGCUCCUCAUACUCUACAGCUCCAACAGUUCAAACGACAUCAUCUACGGCUCCAUCCACGUGGCGGGCCGACCCCGCACAGUGAAGACCACCGACCUCAAGAAAUGGGCUGGGAAAGAGGGCUAUGUGCCCGUCUACGGAAACAAGAGCAUGCUCCUCCACUGCCGGAGCUGUGCCCUGGUCACCAGCUCCAGCCACGUUCUGGGCGCCCGCGCCGGCCGCGACAUCGACGCCAGCGACUGUGUCAUCCGCAUGAACGACGCGCCCACCCUGGGCUUCCAGGCCGACGUGGGCCAGCGCACCACCCUGCGCGUGGUGGCGCACUCCAGCGUGUUCCGCGUGGCCCGCCGGCCCGCCGAGUUCCUGAACCGCACCGCCGGGGAGCCCGUGGUCGUGUUCUGGGGCCCGCCCACCAAGAUCGGGAAGGACGCCAAGGGGACGCUGUACCGGCUCAUCCAGAGAGUGAGCAUGAGCCACGGCAACCUGUCCUUCUUCACCAUCACGCCCAGCAAGAUGCGCAAGUUCGAUAACCUGUUCCAGAAGGAGACCGGACGAGACAGGGCGAAGUCUCAGUCGUGGCUGAGCACCGGCUGGUUCACCAUGGUGUUAGCCAUCGAGAUGUGUGAUAACAUCAAGGUCUAUGGGAUGGUGCCGCCCAGUCACUGUGGACAUUUGACCGAGGGAACCGGGAGGCUCGGAGGCUGGACUCAAAGAAAGAAAAUUGGGGCCAAGAAGAUGCCCUACCACUACUACAAGCCACGGGGUCCAGAUGAAUGUGUGACAUACUUAACGAACGAACGGGGCCGCAGAGGCAACCACCAUCGCUUCAUCACCGAGAAACAGGUGUUCGGACGCUGGGCAAAGCAAUACAACAUCACCUUCACACAUCCAAAGUGGUGAAGCCACCAGAAGAAGACCACCUCUUGGUGUUGCUUGGGACUGCACAGUGUUGCUUAUUUAUACGUUUAUUACCUGGAAUUUCACCCUCGGCCAGGCUGACCUGUUUCCAUGACCUUUCAAUAUGCGUGACCUCUUAGCAGAGAUAUAUGAUGAUGUUUUUGGUUUAGUUUAUAAACACUGAUUCCUGUUGCAACAAAUUACCAUGAAAUGUUUAAGCAUUGUUUACAGUUGAAAUGAUAUAGAAAUUCAGGUUCCGUGAAAUGUGACAGCCAUUUGUGUUUUGUACAUAGUAACACAAUAUAUUUUUUUAUGUUUAUUUUUGUUCAACUUGACAUCCCAGUAUCUUACUGUAUAAGCGGUAUAGCAUAAGUCAUGUUUACCUUAUGCGUACCCCUUACAUAAUGGGAUUGGCUUAACAGACAUGGCCUAUCCUGCAGUAUACACACUAUAUUUCGGUUGUUGUCCAGUACUGCUAGAUACUACUUUGGACCAGAACUCCACUGUACAAGCUACAAUGUGUACGACGAUCGCAAUCAAGUUAAGUUGAAUGUAAACCUAAUCAGAAAACACCCUAAACAAACACCAUCAACCAGAAACCACUAAAAAGCAAAUUGAUGCAUUCUUUAAUUUCGUCAAAUAAUGAAUUUGUCUUUUAGUAUUUGUGUUUAAAAUGUGAUUCAAAAAUCUGUAACUUUUGGAUUGGGGGUACUUUUUUAAUCCAUGUAGGACAACUAUCGCUCAGAAAGGUGUUCAUGUAUUUGUACAAACUCUAAAAAAGCAACGUAUACAAUCCAAUUGUUUUGAGGAUGGACCCUUGGACUGGAUCCACUACAAGCCACAUAUUAUAUUAACAGUCCGGCAUGGUCUUCAAAUACCCGUUUACAAAGCCUUCAUUUGUAACAUUUCUGUUGCAUGCUAAAAAAACAUGCAACAUAAUAUAAAUUGUAGUUUUUCCUCACUGGCUUUGAUCCAACACUUACAGAUACAGAAGAUUUUGAAUGUAACUAAACUAACAUCAGACCCCUCUACUGUGGUCACUGAAAUAAGACAAGCUUCGUGUAGGAGUUGGUUAAUCACUCAAAAAGCAACAAUGCAGAAUUUGACAUUGAAAGGUCUUUGUUAAGGGCUUACAUUCACAUGAGAAUAUUGAGAGGUCCGUCCGUAUGUGGGAGACUAGUAGUAAUGUAUUGUACUUGAAAGAUGCCUUAUAUCUCUAAAUACAUUUUGUGCAAGAUGGAUUUCAACAAUUUCCAUCUUGAGAGAGAGAGAGAGCAAGAGAGUUAAUCAAUUAAAACAGGCAUGUGCAUUUAAAAGUUUU